CCGGAAGCGCUCCCCGCUCCUCAGUUCCGGCGGCGGCGGCGGCGGGUACGGAGCGGCCGGAGCAGGCACUUCUGCAGAGCAGGGCUGAGUGUGAGCCAGGUCCUGGAAUCCGAGGGACUGCAGUGAAUCCUCUUUCCUUCCUUCCAUCCUUCCUCCCAGCCUGGCAGGACGGGCUCUGCAGUGAGGUGCAGAGAGCUGUGGCGCAGCCCCGAGCUCCCGCUGUUCCCUGGAGAGCCGUCGACUUAGUGGGAUAAAAAAGGCUCUGAAUCAAUCCCAGGGCCGUGCUGCUGGCUGGAAACCACCAUGACAGACUCCAAGUACUUCACCACCACCAAGAAAGGGGAGAUAUUUGAGCUGAAGGCUGAACUGAACAGUGACAAGAAGGAGAAGAAGAAGGAGGCUGUGAAGAAAGUGAUUGCAUCCAUGACUGUGGGCAAGGAUGUCAGCGCUCUCUUCCCGGACGUGGUGAACUGCAUGCAGACAGACAACCUGGAGCUGAAGAAGCUGGUCUACCUCUACCUGAUGAACUAUGCCAAGAGCCAGCCAGACAUGGCCAUCAUGGCUGUGAACACCUUCGUGAAGGACUGUGAGGACCCGAACCCGCUGAUCCGGGCUCUGGCUGUGAGGACCAUGGGCUGCAUCCGUGUGGACAAGAUCACGGAGUACCUGUGCGAGCCCCUGCGCAAGUGCCUCAAGGACGAGGACCCCUACGUGCGCAAGACGGCCGCCGUCUGCGUGGCCAAGCUGCACGACAUCAACGCCCAGCUGGUGGAGGACCAGGGCUUCCUGGACACCCUCAAGGAUCUCAUCUCAGACUCCAACCCCAUGGUGGUGGCCAACGCGGUGGCGGCGCUGUCGGAAAUAGCGGAGUCUCAUCCCAGCAGCAACCUCCUGGACCUCAACCCCCAGUCCAUCAACAAGCUGCUCACAGCCCUCAACGAGUGCACUGAGUGGGGCCAGAUCUUCAUCCUGGACUGCCUGGCAAACUACAUGCCCAAGGAUGACCGGGAAGCACAGAGCAUCUGCGAGCGGGUGACGCCGCGGCUGUCCCACGCCAACUCUGCCGUGGUGCUGUCGGCUGUCAAGGUGCUGAUGAAGUUCAUGGAGAUGCUGUCCAAGGACCUGGAUUAUUAUGGCACUCUCCUGAAGAAGCUGGCCCCACCACUGGUCACUCUGCUGUCUGCAGAGCCUGAGCUGCAGUACGUGGCCCUCCGCAACAUCAACCUCAUCGUGCAGAAGAGGCCUGAGAUCCUGAAGCACGAGAUGAAGGUGUUCUUUGUCAAGUACAACGACCCCAUCUACGUCAAACUGGAGAAACUGGACAUCAUGAUCCGCCUGGCCUCCCAGGCCAACAUAGCCCAGGUGCUGGCAGAGCUGAAGGAAUACGCCACGGAGGUGGAUGUGGAUUUUGUCAGGAAGGCGGUCAGAGCCAUCGGCCGCUGUGCCAUCAAGGUGGAGCAAUCGGCCGAGCGCUGUGUCAGCACCCUGCUGGACCUCAUCCAGACCAAGGUCAACUACGUGGUGCAGGAGGCCAUCGUGGUCAUCAAGGACAUCUUCCGCAAGUACCCCAACAAGUAUGAGAGCGUGAUCGCCACGCUCUGCGAGAACCUGGACUCCCUGGACGAGCCCGAGGCCAGGGCUGCCAUGAUCUGGAUCGUGGGGGAAUACGCCGAGCGCAUCGACAACGCCGACGAGCUGCUGGAGAGCUUCCUGGAGGGCUUCCAUGAUGAGAGCACCCAGGUCCAGCUGCAGCUGCUGACAGCCAUCGUGAAGCUAUUCCUGAAGAAGCCCACGGAGACACAGGAGUUGGUGCAGCAGGUGCUGAGCUUGGCCACACAGGACUCGGACAACCCGGACCUGCGGGACCGUGGGUACAUCUACUGGCGCCUGCUGUCCACGGACCCCGUGGCCGCCAAGGAGGUGGUGCUGGCCGAGAAGCCGCUGAUCUCGGAGGAGACGGAUCUGAUCGAGCCCACGCUGCUGGACGAGCUCAUCUGCUACAUCGGGACCCUGGCCUCGGUGUACCACAAACCCCCCAGCGCCUUCGUGGAGGGCAGCAGGGGCGUCGUGCACAAGAGUUUGCCCCCACGGACGGGCUCGAGCGAGAGUGCCGAGAGCCCGGACACAGCCCCGUCGGGGGGGCCAGCAGCAGAUCAGCCUUCUGUCAUCCCCACGCAGGGGGACCUGCUGGGGGACCUGCUCAACCUGGACCUGGGCCCCCCAGUGAGCGGGCCACCCAUGGCCACCUCCACCGUGCAGAUGGGCGCCGUGGACCUCCUCGGGGACAGCCUGAUGGGGGACGAGUCGGAAGGGCUGCGCAGCGAUGUGGGAGGCAGCCCUGCUAUGGGUGGCAGCGGUGGCAGCUUCACACCAGCUCCCAGCACCACGGCGCCCACAAACGUGGGGGCCCCCCUUGGCAGCGGCCUGGGUGACCUCUUCGACCUCACCGGUGGGGUGGGGACCCUCUCGGGAUCCUACGUGGCCCCCAAAACGGUGUGGCUCCCUGCCAUGAAAGCCAAGGGGCUGGAGAUCUCUGGCACCUUCAGCCGCCAGGUGGGCUCCAUCUCCAUGGACCUCGUGCUGACCAACAAAGCCCUGCAGGUCAUGUCUGACUUUGCCAUCCAGUUCAACCGCAACAGCUUCGGCCUGGCCCCAGCAGCUCCUCUGCAGGUGCACGCACCUCUGGCUCCCAACCAGUCCGUGGAGAUCUCCCUGCCCCUCAACACCGUGGGCUCCGUCAUGAAGAUGGAGCCCCUCAACAACCUCCAGGUGGCAGUGAAGAACAACAUUGACGUCUUCUACUUCAGCACCCUGUACCCCCUGCACAUCCUGUUCGUGGAGGACGGCAAGAUGGAGAGGCAGAUGUUCCUGGCCACCUGGAAGGACAUGCCCAACGAGAACGAGACCCAGUUCCAGAUCAAAGACUGUUCCCUCAACGCAGAUGCCGUGAGCAGCAAACUCCAAGGCAGCAACAUCUUCACCAUUGCCAAGAGGAACGUGGAGGGGCAGGACAUGCUCUACCAGUCCCUGAAGCUCACCAACGGCAUCUGGGUGCUGGCAGAGCUCCGGAUCCAGCCCAGCAACCCCAGCUUCACGGAUUUGGAGUUAUCCCUGAAAUGCCGAGCACCAGAGGUGUCCCAGUACAUCUACCAAGCCUACGAGACCAUCUUGAAGAACUGAGGUGCUGCUGCAGCCCCUCCUCCUCUUCCUCCUCCUCCUCCUCCCCUCCCUUUCCCGCCCGAGGGAGCAGGGCCGGAUCCGUGUGCAUGUCCCCUUUCCUUCCUGUCCCGGGGGGCUGGGGGGAGCAGAGGGGGCAGGGGGCUGUCCCCAGUCCCUGCAGCAAUCCCUGCAGUCUGUGAGUGAUGCUGUGUCCUCCUCCUCGCUGCUGCUGCUCCCUCCAGAUCCCAGUUCCACCCUGUGGCUCCCCAAAACCCCAGCUCCUGGUUCUCAUGGCGUGCUGUCUGGUGGUGGGUUCAGCAUUCCAAACCCUGGGAAUAGUGGCUGGGGGGGCCCAGAGUGCCGUGGGAUUCGGUGGCUGUGGCUGCAGAGCCCCCUGGAGCCCUGGGAUUUGGGGCUGGGGCAGGUGGGAGACAGCUUUGGCUCUCCCUGGUUUGGUGCCCUGCUUCAGCAGAGCUGUGGGGGAGCCCUUCACAGAGCAUCUCCUUCCCACGGGAGCCCUUCCCAAAGCUCCCAGAAGGGCUCGAGGAUCCCAAAUUUGAGGCUGUCCUUAAGGUGCAGCUUAAAAAGGGCUUUUCCAGCCCCCUCCAGCCCCUGCCAGGGGGCCAGGAGGGCUCUGAGCAUCCCCUCUCCCCCAGCCCAGCCCCACGGCUCCCUCUGCUCCCCCCCAGCACCCUUGGGUGCUCCCCUGGGGGUCCCACUGCUCCUUUUCCCCCCAAAUCAAGCCAUGGGUCCCCCCCUCCCUCGAAGCAGGAAAUCUCUAAUAUAUGAAAGAUAAAUAUAUUGUAAUGUUCA